GAAGGACGGAGAAGGAUCCCUGAGUUGGUGGUUAGCAGUCAGCUAGUGCCGGAAAGAUGCUGUCAAACAUUUCCAAUGUCCUUCGAGCCUGCGCUCACAGAAAUGCUGGUGCUGUGGUCAUGUCUGCACGCACAUAUGCUAACUUCACAACCGAGGCAUCCUUCGAAGUAAAGAAAUGUGACCUUUUCAAGCUGGACGAAGGUCCGGCCACGGAGGUGGUUAUGACUCGUGAUGAGGGGCUGCAGUACUACCGCACCAUGCAGACCAUCAGGCGUAUGGAGCUGAAGGCAGAUCAGCUGUACAAGCAGAAGAUCAUCAGAGGGUUCUGCCACUUGUAUGACGGCCAGGAAGCUUGUGCUGUUGGUCUUGAAGCAUCUAUUAAUCUGUCUGAUCACCUGAUCACUGCGUACAGAGCCCACGGCUACACUUACACCAGAGGAGGGAAAGUGAAGCAGAUCAUGUCGGAGCUCACUGGGAGAAGAGGAGGAAUUGCAAAGGGCAAAGGAGGCUCCAUGCACAUGUACUGUAAGAACUUCUACGGUGGAAAUGGAAUUGUUGGAGCUCAGGUUCCUCUUGGUGCUGGUGUUGCCCUGGCCUGUAAAUAUCAGGGCAACAAUGAGCUCUGCGUCUGCCUCUACGGUGACGGUGCUGCCAACCAGGGUCAGAUCUUUGAGACCUACAACAUGGCAGCACUUUGGAAGUUGCCCAUCAUCUUCGUCUGUGAGAACAACAGGUAUGGAAUGGGAACGUCAGUGGAGCGAGCUGCAGCCAGCACUGAUUACUUUAAGAGAGGAGAAUUCAUCCCUGGUCUCAGGGUGGACGGUAUGGAUGUACUGUGUGUUAGGGAAGCAACCAGGUUUGCAGCCGAUCACUGCCGAUCUGGGAAGGGUCCCAUUCUCAUGGAACUCCAGACGUACCGUUACCAUGGACACAGUAUGAGUGAUCCUGGCGUCAGCUACCGUACACGUGAGGAGAUCCAGGAGGUCCGCAGCAAGAGUGACCCCAUCUCCCUGCUGAAGGAUCGCAUGCUCAGCAACAACAUGGCCAGUGUGGAGGAGCUGAAGGAGAUCGAUAUCGAGGUGAGGAAGGAGAUCGAAGACGCCUCUCAGUUUGCCACCACAGAUCCCGAGCCCCCGCUGGAAGACUUGUGCAACCACAUCUUUUCCAACAGCCCACCACUGGAGGUGCGCGGCACGAACCCCUGGUCCAAGCUGAAGUCCGUUAGCUAAAGGUUUUAUAUCGGCCUCUGCUCCGCCCUCUCUUCGACGCUGUAUUAUAACGACAACCCAAAGCCACACAUACACACGCACACCACGGAACGGAGUCUGAGUCUGAGCAGAGUCCAGUCCAGUCCAUCAGGUAGGAGGAACAUUUUACCAACACAGUUCAGAUCUACCCGAAAUGAUGGAAUAAAACGUCUUUAUUUAUAAUGACUUUGUUACUACAUCGGUGUAGUACUACUACAAAGUACUACACACUGUAGUACACUGUCCCUGGUGGGUUGACUGAGUCAUGCCUGAAAUCAAGUCUCUUCACAUUUUAAACAUUUGUUUCUACAUAUUUUCUGCCAUUCUAUUUUUUGCCUAAACCAAUCUGAAAAAGGAUCCAUUCACACUGACCUCAUGGAGCGUCCUGUUGUUUAAAUGUUGUUGUUUAAAAGUGUCGGGUCGUCUUCAUGUCACACUCCAGGCAAAGACGUGAGCAGUGACAACACUGGCUCAGAUGAGCAGGAAAUUGUGGACAGGAUGAAUUUCAGUCUUUUGUUUUUUUAACAUUAAUCUAAUGUUUCUUGACAUCAGAAAGAAAAGGGACAUUCUGUGUUUAAAAAAGAAACAGACUAAAUUUGGAACGUCCUUCUUGGCUUCGUCCACACUGCUUUAUGUGCAGACAGUGUGCUUGUUGUAAACUGUUACAUUGAGGUUGGCAAAUGGCUCGAACAUUGAUUCAAUAUGGGAGUCACUAAUAAAUCUACUGUAUUUCCAGCUUC